GUUUCUAUAAAAGUCCCCUCAUUUAUGCAGGAUACUUUUACUUCACCUGCUCAUAACUUAAACUCGGUUACUCAUUCACCGACUCAACCUCAGCCAUGGCUACCAUUUUGAAGCUCUUUUUCUCUCUCCUAGUCUGCCUCAUUUUCUUCUCUCUUCCAGGGGAAGUAAGUUGCGCAAAACUGGUGGUAAUGAACAAAUGUAGGUACACAGUGUGGCCAGGAAUCCAGCCAAGUGCUGGGAAAGAAAUCCUAGCUCGUGGUGGGUUUCAGCUGUUGCCUAACAAAUUUUACAUCCUUAAUCUCCCUACCGGGUGGUCCGGUCGACUAUGGGGUCGUCACGGGUGCCACUUUGAUGCUAACGGUCAUGGUACAUGUGCUACCGGUGACUGUGGUGGUACCCUCUACUGUGCUGGUGCUGGUGGUGCUCCUCCUGCUACCCUUGCUGAAAUCACUCUUGGACAAGACCAGGACUUCUACGACGUUAGUCUAGUAGAUGGCUACAAUCUGGCAAUCUCAUUUGUACCCUUCAAAGCAGCGUCAGGGCAAUGUGCGCCAACAGGGUGCAUUAGCGAUCUAAACACAAUGUGCCCGACAGGACUCCAAGUCCGCGGUGCACGAGGAGGUGUAGUAGCUUGCAAAAGCGCUUGUUCCGCCUUCAACUCCCCAAGGUAUUGUUGCACAGGCAGCUUUGGGUCUCCUCAGUCUUGCAAGCCCACAGUCUACUCCAAAAUCUUCAAGACCGCUUGCCCACGCGCUUACUCCUACGCAUAUGAUGAUCCUACCAGCAUCUCUACUUGUACUAGGGCUAACUAUUUAGUCACUUUCUGUCCCCACCACCACCAUUGACUCACUUUUUUAUUACAGUAGUAGAUCUAAAAAUAUGAAAACAAAAAUUAAAUAAGAUCAUUCUGAGUAAUGUUGUUCUGUAGUUAGUGACUUAGUGGUUCUUUGAAUUAUGGGGAGAUUCUGUUUUUUGUGUCAGCCUGCAUGUCGGUCUAUUGUGUGUACUGCUCACCAUUAAUGGAUUAAUGGAUUAUUAUAAUACAUUAUUAUUUACUAGUA